GUCAAGACGACAUGUAAACCGUCUCUUCAGUAAACAUGGCAGAGCUGUGGAAAAUAGAAAGCGAAGUUAAUCAAUUCAAAACAGAGCUCUUCUACAGAUACAGACAAGCAGAGGAGAACAGGCUGAAGGAGAACCAGGCCGCUACCCGGAUUCAGAGCUGGUUCAGAGCCUGCAGGGUACGAGCUUACCUCAGCCAUCUGCGCAAGAAGGCAAUCAUUAUCCAGAAGAUAUGGCGGGGCUUCACAGCAAGGGCACGUUUCAGACAAAUGGUGAAGGAGGCAUAUUUUAUCAUGAAGAUGAAUUUCUACGAGGAGAUGGCGGUCAGGAUCCAGCGCAGAUGGAGAGGAUUCUCUGUGAGGAAGUAUGUCCAUAAUUUCUACGCACGCAAGCGCUAUCUGGAAGGAGUUACCGCAAACAAUGAACUUGUCAGGAGGGAGCUAGAUGAGCUUGAGGAACUCCAGAAGAGAGAGAGAGACUGUCUGCAGAUGCUGAAAGAGCAGACAGCCAAGGUCUACCAAGCUCACCGGUCACACCAUCUACUGAGUACAAAGCAGUGCCCAGGGAUCUUUAACCCUCCAUUCAGGCCAGUCCCUCAUGAGAUGGAACAACUGCUGAGGCAGGUCAAGUACCAGCCCCCAACCAGACUUGCCCCCGGGGACAGAACAUGUGUCUUGGGAAACCCUGGCCCACCAGCCUUCAGUUUCCCAGGGACUCUUAAAUCCCCAUGGACCAAAACUUACAGAAGCUGCUGCUCAUCCAGGUCUAUACUGCCUCCCAUUGCCAGCCACAAACAGCAGGGUCCACUCAGAGAGCCAGGGGAAGUGUGGGAGCAGCGUUUAAAUUGUCCUGACCUGAGGUUGCGUCUGCAGACCUCUUACACACACCUGGAGGAGACCCAGAACCAGCUAAGACAACAUGAGUCCAUAAAACUCAGCAGAGCAAUAAGAACAGAAAGUGUGCUUCACCAUCAGGGCCUCAGCUUUACUCAGCCAGCCUUUGCCAAGAAAUUCAUUGCCUAGAUUUCACCCUGGCUUCAAGAGAAGACAUUCAAGACAAUGCUUAAAACCUACAACAUCUCACAUGAGGUCUGUACUUGAAGGAAGCUUUAUCUGCCGACACAUCUUCUCCUGGCUUGAGAAAAUGAAGGGAAGUACAAAUAAAGACCAUGCUGC